AUGAAUGCAUUUCAGGAGGAUAUUCUGGAUGCUGCUGUAGGAAUUUUCAUUUUGAGAAGUAGGUAUCGUCGGCAGCAUAGGAGAAAUGUGAGAUUGCCACCUAUUGAGCCCAUCAUAAGGCCAAGAAUCUUUCGUGAAAGACUGGCAAUGCUUGACAAAUUGUCAGAUGGUAAAAUCGUGUCAAUGUUUCGCUUAAAACGUGAGGCAAUUCUGGAGCUAUAUGCUCAUAUAAGUGAAGACACUGAACCUUUGAUGGGUAGAAGUCAUGCAGUGCCAGGUAUGUGUAAACUGCUCGCAGUCUUAUAUUUGGUUGCUAAUGGCAGCUUCCAACAUGUCAUAUACCAAGUGAUAGGAAUCAGCCAGUCAAGCAUGUCUAGAAUCAUUCCACAAGUGUUUGAUGCUAUCCUUAAGUUAACACGCAAUUAUAUAUAUUUUCCAUCUAAUAAUGAAGCGUGGCAAGCACUUAAGCUAGGAUUUUAUCAGCUUGGGGGAAUGCCCAAUGUGCUGGGGGCCAUAGACUGCACACAUGUCAUGAUUGUACCACCCAGGGCAAAUGAGGAGCAGUUUCGGAAUCGCAAAAACACACAUUCCAUAAGCGUGCAAGUGGUCUGCGACUAUAAAAUGCAAAUCCUGAGCGUCUGUUCAGGCUUUCCAGGUAGCUGCCAUGAUUCAUUCAUCUUGCAACAGUCUGCCCUAAGGGAAAAAUUUGUUUCUGGAAACAUGCCCGAUGGAUGGCUUGUGGGGGACGCAGGAUAUGGAUGUCAGCCAUGGAUGCUGACGCCACUGUUAAAUCCAGAAAACCAGCCAGAGAUGCAGUACAACCUUGCACACAGAAAAACCCGUGGUGUUAUUGAACGGACAUUUGGCGUCCUGAAGUCCAGAUUCAGGUGCCUGGACAAGUCGGGAGGGUGGUUACUGUAUGACCCUAAUAGUAGUGUAGCUACUAUUCAUGAACUUGAGUUGAAAAAGUAUAUAAAUGUAGUUUGA